AUCGACCGCGCACAGUCUAAUUCGUGAAUCGGUCUUUCUUUUAUCAAUUUAAUAAGGUGCUGCACAUCGUCCCUCGUGUCUAAAUUGAAAUCAACUUUCCGUACUAUGCAGUGAAGAUGGAAAUCAUACAUUCGCUCGGAGAGUCAGAUCUUUUGCUUAAUAAAUUAAAUGCCAUCUAUGAAACUGGAUAUGGUGCACCUGCUCUCAACUCUCCUGACAAAUGUACAGAUUCAGUGCUUGGUUUUGCCAGUAUAGAGAGGAAACCCCAUUGUCUUCAAUUUAUAGAUAGAAGAGUGUUAGGGAUUGACCAGGAAAGGAAUGAUUCUUUAUUCCAUGUCGUUCAUGAAGAAGUAGACACGGAUGAAGAUGAUAAGAUGACACUGAGUCAACUUAAGGAUAAGUCUAAAAAACAUGGCGGUCAUGAUGAUCUUUGCGGAGAUGCAGACGAUACAAUGACUAUAGGAAAACUAAAGAGCACGUGUUCCAAGAAAAGGGGAUUUAGCAGUCACUCGGAUUCAAGAGUAAUUCAUGAAGAUGUGAUCAGUUCUCAGUUAGAUGAAGAUGACGAUGACCUCAAGGUCAAUAUAGGUUUUCUAAAACCAAGUCUGAGGAAGUGUUCAAAAGCUAAGCAGAGACGCAUUGACAUGUAUCCUAUUUCCUUACCUAAAAAUGUUACUUCAGACGAAACUGAGGAUGCCCUAGCUUCAGGUGUUCCCAUGCAAUUAAAAAAGGAAUCAAGUUCUGCUGAAGUUAUAUUAUGUGAAGUUCCAGAAAAUGUUGUGAGUCAGCAUAAGAUACCUAUGUCUGGAGAAGAACAACUUCAUUGUAUGCUUAAUGAAAUAUCCUAUGAGCACUUGGAAUCCUUUGAGCCUGAUUACUCUCCCUCUGAUUGUUGUCGGGAUUUGCAUCCAAAUAAUCCCGAGAUGAGUUUUGAUGCAGAAACAAUCAUGAAGUCCAAUAAGCACGUAUUUGUUGGGAAAAGAACCUCUCAUAUUGGAUCCAUUGGUUUGGUGGAUACACUGGAUACUAAUAAAACUGGUUGUGCUGACCUUCACGAUGUAAUGAUGAAACUUGCAUGUCUGAAGAUGAUGCCGCCAAAGUUUUCAAGCAUGGAUGAAGAAAAUAUUCCCACAUUGAAAUGUCUGCCCUGUGAAUCAACAUCAAAUGACAUUUCUCCAUCUUCUCAAGAACUAUGUUUGACAAUGAACUCAAUGGAUUUACUUAAUGACUUGGAUAUUUACAGAUGCGAUGAGAAGCUCAAUUUUGGAGUAAAUAGCAAAAGUGAAAAUACUGAAAACCCAUACAUGCCCAGCUCUUUAAGCAUAGAAGAGAAUGGCUCAGUAUCGGAUGAGUUGUGCCAGGGAAAAAUUAACAUGUGUCCCAAUGAGACUGAAGGAAGAUUGGAAAAUAAAGGAAAAGGCCCCACGCCUUAUCGAAAACUAGAGGGUCGCCGGCGGAGUCAUUCUCAAUCGCUACCCCACUUUAGCAGUGGCUGCUCCUCUGUUCAACUUUUUUCUGCAAGUGCAUUAGCAUUUUCACAGCAGCAGAUGCAUGACAUUGAGUCACUUGCAGGAAUGCUCUUGUUCGAGUUGAGGUCCAUAAAGGACAUAGUAACAGGAAAAUUGCAAUAUGAAGGCUGUAGCGGUGAAUCACUGGAAAAUGAAUUGGAUAAGGACCCAAAUCUUUUACUUUUACAAGUGAGAACUGCAAUUUUGAAAGCAAAUAAAGUUGGAAGAAAAGCUAGAAAGCAGCUGUCCAAGAUGAAUAAGCACUGCACCCGGUUUUGCAAACUCUUGGAAAUUAGUCGAGAUGGUGCCCCUCCCAAUGACGAAGUCCAUAAUAAGAAAAGAAAAAUUGUAUUUGCUGAUGAAGCAGGUGGUAUGCUCUGUCAUGUGAAGUAUUUCAGUAAUGAGUCUCAUGACACAACCUUGAAACAGCCUGAUGAUGGGAAACAAGAAUACUAGAAUGUGACUAAGAAGGGAAGGCUCACUUUGGUUGUACAUUUUUAUACGGGGUACGAUAAUAGUGACCGCCUUAGUCUCUCUCUUU